GGUGGGCGGGCAGGAGGAACACUGAGGGGCAGAGGAAGGGCAAUGAGAUUGCAUGGGGUAGAGGCACGGGAUGAAGGCACAGUGGACACCUCAGUGACAGCCCUGCAGCCCACAGUAGGAGCAUGGAGUCCCCAGCAAGUGGUGGAGCCCCCGCCCCGAGUGACACAGCCCUGGGUGACGUCGCACAGACAUCAACAGGGCCCACAGAGGGGACGGUUGGGGGGGACAGCAGGGAAAGCGUGGCACAGGAGGGGCAGGGGGAGGCUAGCAGAGCUGAAGGAGGGGCUGGGGGGGAAGCUGCAGGGGAUGUGGGGAGUGAGGGCAAGGGGGAGGCAGCAGAGAAUGCUGGGAGUGAGGCUAAGGUAGAAGCAGCAAAGGAUUAUGGGAGUGAUGCUAAGGGGGAGGUAACAGGGAGUGCUGGGAGUGAGGCUAAAGAGGAGGAUGCAAGGGAUGCUGAGAGCAAAGCUAAGGAGGAGGCUGCAAAGGAUGCUGGGAGCGAGGAUAAGGAGGUUGCAAAGGAUGCUGGGAGCGAGGCUAAGGGGGAGGCUGCAAAGGAUGCUGGGAGCAAAGCUAAGGGGGAGGCUGCAAAGGAUGCUGGGAGUGAGGCUAAGGGGGAGGCUGCAAAGGAUGCUGGGAAUGAAGCCAAGGCAGCAGGGGUUUCUGGGAGCAAGGCUGAGAUUGCAGAGGAUGCUGGCAAGGAGCCCGCAGCAGGGCAGGCUGCUGAGCACGAGGCUGAAGGGCAGGCCAGAGGCAGUGCAGUGCCACAGGAGGAGGCCGAGCCUGGGCCCAGGCCGGAGGCAGCGGGCAGCACCCGAGGCCGGCAGGAGCCCACCUGGCUGCAGGAUGAGGAUGAUGAGCUGUGGCCUGAGUUCCCCCCCUGCUCACCCACGGAGGGGGCCGCCAGCCCCACCACCCCACUCUCCCCUACCUCCCCUGUGUCUCCCACGUUCCCCGUAUCUCCCACAUCCCCUUCGCCUCCUGUGUCCCCCACAUCUCCCACAGCUGGUAGCACUGAGGGCUCAGGAGGUAGUGAGAGUGGUGUGUCUGCAGUGGGGCCACGAGGACGGGUGCCCCCCCGGGUAGCAUCUGUGGGGCGGCCACGAGUGAGCAGCCGGGCAUAUGGACGGAAUGCCAUCCUGGAGAAGUUUGGGGGGGCAGCCACAGGCCCAGCCCCACACCUGAAGCGUGUAGGGGCCACGGGCUCAGUGAAGGCCAUGCUGCUGGAAUGGUGUCGUGCCAGGACACGUGGCUACCAGCAUGUGGACAUCCAGAACUUCUCAGGGAGCUGGAGCAGCGGCCUGGCCUUCUGCGCCCUCAUCCACAGCUUCUUCCCCGAUGCCUUUGACUAUGGCAGCCUGGAGCCCCAGGACCGCCGGCGUAACUUCACCCUGGCCUUCAGCACCGCAGAGGAGCGUGUCGACUGUGCCCAGCUGCUGGAGGUGGAAGACAUGCUGCGGCUGACGGUGCCAGACGCCAAGUGCAUCUAUACCUACGUGCAGGAGCUGUACCGCAGCUUGGUGGCCAAGGGGCUAGUGAAGACCAAGAAGCGCUGAGGCCCUGCCAGCCCCAUUCCCCACUUUGUCCCCCAGCCCCUAGGAGUAAAGGUUUGCAGUGCCAUGCCGUGGUGCCUCAUCUCUUGUG